GUUAGAGUAGAAAUGAUUUGGAAUGAAUAUUUACUCGCUUUAUUGUCGUCAACUAGGCCAAGAUCCACCGUGGAUGGUGCGUCGUUGCAUUGAAGAGGAACGAAGUCGUCAGUUGGACUUGAGCAAAGAGAAAAAUGUCAUUCAUUACCAUGAGACUGCAGUUAAGGCGUUGGAUAUUGACAGUGUAGAAGGAAGAUAUUUGCUAACUGGAGCUGCCGAUGGUGGGUUGGCAAUAUUUGACGUCAGAAAUACUUCUGGAAGUGACAAAUGGAUGGCUCCUGUAGUUUGUACUGUGGAAGGAAAGGUAGCUCCUGGUCAUCAGUAUAUGGUCAGUUCUGUUCAAUGGUAUCCUCACGACACAGGCAUGUUCUUCACUAGCUCUACAGAUCAAACACUCAAAGUGUGGGACGCAAACACAUUAAGAGUAAGCGAACAGUUCAAUUUUCAACAUUCUGUUUUUAUGCAUCAUAUCUCUCCUAUGGCAAGCAGUCAUUGCUUGAUUGCAGUCGGUGGUGAUACAGAGCAUAUAACUUUAUGUGAUAUGAGAUCAGGAUCUCAGUCUCACAUUCUUCAAGGUCACAGGGAAGGCGUCUUGUCAGUUUGUUGGUCUCCACGAAGUGACUAUUUAUUGGCUAGUGGAAGUCUUGAUCAGUGCAUUCUCUUGUGGGACGUAAGGAAGGUUCGUAGCUGUGUGGCUUCACUAGAUCAACACAACGGCAAGCAAGCGAGCGACACGCCUCAUUUAGGAGUGUCUGCUCACAAUGGAAGUGUUACUGCUUUGUCGUUUCUACCUGAUGGAUUGCAUCUGUUGAGCUUUGGAAGGGACAAUAGGCUAAGACUGUGGGACGUGUUGACAUCAAGAAAUACACUGGUAAACUAUGGCCGAGUUGUCAAUCAGUGUCGUGUUGGAUGUCAGUUUGCUCUCACGCGCUGCCAGAAUCCUGGAUUUGCAUUCGUUCCAUCUGCUAACAACAUUCAGAUGUUUGAUAUUCAUGAGGGCAAGAGACUUCGAAUUCUAAAGGGACAUUUUAGGACAGUGAAUUGUUGUGCUUUUCAUCCGUAUGAACAGGAACUCUACAGCUGCUCUAGUGACUGCAGUGUGUUAGUGUGGUCUCCAGCAGUAAAGAGGAUCAGUUGUUUUGAUGAGAUUUGUUGGUCAGACAAACAAACGACAAGCCGAUUACAAGCUGUUUCAUCCUACACCGAAGACACAUGGAGUGACGAUGAUGACUGAUGACUGAAUCCAAUUUACUGUUUCUCUGCAAUGCAGAUUAUUUGUAGACCAAGUGUGUGAAUUACUGUUUACAGUGUAGUGUCUUGUUAUGAGACUGAUUUUGUAUCCAAUCAGUAAAAGUACGUUUUUACUUGUAAGAUUGCUGAGAGAAAAGCUACGUACGUAUACAAAUACAAUCUGAAAACCAUAUUUAGC